GUUUUGCUGUAAGCCAAUCCAACCAGAACCAGCCGUCCAACCAGAACAAACCCCCUUCUUCUUCGCGAAAAGAAAAAAAAAAGUUACUCGCGACUCGCCAAACCCGAUCCGAUCCCCAAAAUUCCCCACACCCAUGGCGGCGAGCUUGUGGCGGGCGGUGAUGGGCACCGGCGCGGCGUCCGCGGACGCCGAUCCGGCGGGCGGCGGCGUGGAGUUCUGGCGUGUUCCGGAGCGCGUGGGUUGGCUGACCAAGCAGGGCGAGUACAUCAAGACGUGGCGGCGGCGGUGGUUCGUGCUCAAGCAAGGGAGGCUCUUCUGGUUCAAGGACUCGACCGUCACGCGCGCCUCCGUGCCCCGCGGCGUCAUCCCCGUCGCCUCCUGCCUCACCGUCAAGGGCGCCGAGGACGUGCUCAACCGGCCCUACGCCUUCGAGCUCUCCACCCCGCGUGAGACCAUGUACUUCAUCGCGGACACUGAGAAGGAGAAGGAGGAGUGGAUCAACUCCAUAGGCCGCUCCAUCGUACAGCACUCCCGCUCCGUCACCGACGCUGAGGUCGUCGACUACGACAGCCGCCCUGGCGAGAAGUGAUCGAUUUAUUCGAUUUGAUUGGUGAGCAAGGACCGGACACGCCUUGUAACUCUGCAACAUCUCUCUAUGUUAUUGCUCCUUUAGGUUUCGCGCUUGCAUCUUCUUGCUUCGUGGAUAUGAUCUGUGCAUUUGUAUAAUACUUCGGUCAUUGGGAUGUAUAGCUUUCUCUCUGAUAUGAUCUCUGUUCAAAUUUCUGGUCAAUUGAUUCAUAUUGGAUGUUCUAGUUUUUUGUGAAGCCA